AUGGAGUUCUCUCCCUUGCCUCACACCUAGAAGCUAUCUCUCUCUUUCAUAUUGCUUCAAGUUUUUCUUUUCCUCUGUAAUUUUACGUAGAAUCUUUUCUUUUUUGCCGCAAUGACUUUGGAACGAAGGCCUCGAAUGCUAAAAGAUUUCAUCCACGAUGAUCCCAACUCGUGUUCCUCAAACGGGUUCAAAUCGUUUCCGAGAAAAUCCACCCAGAAUUCCAUAAUUUUCCGAGAAAAUCCAAACCAAAAACUUCAAAGAAGCCGAUCAAAAGCCGCCUCAGCAACAAUUUCAGCCUUCCAAGCAAUGAUCAACGUCAUUAAAAGCAUCCAUUUCGCUUCUUCAUCUCCUUCCAUCUUACUACCCAGAACCCUUUCACGUAAACCGUCGAAAAGGAAAAUUUCACAAAACAAAGAGGCCGAAAUCAAAAUGACCGUGACGGUCAAAGAUAUCAUACGCUGGAAAUCGUUCCGUGAUUUACUGGAGGAAAAAUCUCAGCCGUUGGAUUUCGCUCCUUCUUCUGCUUCCCCUCACCACCAUUGCACCACCACCACCACAACGACGGGAUCUAAUACCCCUUGUAGUUGUACUACUAGCAGCAAUGGCUCGAGCUGGUGUGACAGUGAUUUCACCUCGGAAUAUUUACCGUCCGAUGAAUACGGUGAAAACGAAGUCGACAAUAUGGUGGGUAAAAAAUUCUCACCGUGCGUCGGCAAGGACACCAUGGAGACGACAACAAGGACGGCAGCCAACACAGAUAUGGGACCCAAACAUGCAAGUGUAGAGGAAGAACCGCAACACAGUCCACUGUCGGUGCUUGAUUUCGAAUACGGUGGUGAUGAUGAAGAUGGUGAAGAAGCAAACGAAAUCGAAGAAAAGGCAUGGGAGCUGCUGAAUGGUGUGAAAGAAACAAGUCCACUAACAAGGUACAAAAACAACAACAUUUGUAUUGACAAACUGCUUUUGGAUCUAUUUAGAGAAGAAAUGGAGACAAAGUGGGAUCAAACAAGAAACAUUGAAGAGCUUGAACGUGAAAUGGUAAGGGUAGCAAAAGCAUGGAUUUGUGAAGAACAAAACGAGAAACGGGGAGUAGGCGAUAAAAGAGAGGAAUGUGUUGGAGAUAUGGAAAGGGAAGGAAAGUGGAGGGACAGGUUUCACGAAGAGCAAGAAGAGUUGGCAAUGGGAGUCGAGAGGUGGGUGAUGAAUGUUUUGGUGGACGAGCUAUUGGUUGAUAUUCUAUAAACUGUGACGGAAAAAACCCCAAAAUGGCGACAUAAGGGGAUGUGGAAUGCCCCCGGAGAAACCAGGGAGGGAUCGAUGCUCUGGUGGUUUUGUUUUUGUUUGGUUGCCUUGGAGGAAAAGGAACUGGAAAUGUGGUGUUGAUCUUUGAGGUUCCCAUAAGAAAAAAAAAAAAAGAAGGCAAAUCUCGUGCCCUUUGUAUUUGGGUCCUAAA